AGUAGCACUCGAUCACGGCCUUUGCAACUGAUGCAUCAAAACAAAAAAACUUAAACUGAGUAUUGAGGUGAAGAAGCCUGGCAAGAAGCUCGACAAAAGCGGAUGUCAACAUUGGCUUCGCAGGGUCCGCCGUCGCACUUCGGCGACGGGGAGGCGGGUUUUACCUCCGAGGUGGGCCUGCCCUCGGGGUUCCGGGAUGAGGAGGAGGUGGGUCUCCCGUCGGGCGCAAUCGCAGCGAAUAAGCGCGACGAGCGACGCGCCGCCCGGGCGGAACGCCACCACCAAAUGAUGGGCCGUAGCAACUCCAGACAGGCUAGCGGUAGACAAACCGGCGGCGGAGUUGGUGGCAGUACCCAGGAUCUGCUGCUAAAGAAGCCGUCCGCGCUGGAAACCUCCAGCAGUUCGCUCGCGCGCACGCUGAGUCAGAUCCACAGUCAAAACCCGACCAGCAUGCGCUCGCAGGGACCGAUGGGUUUGGGGUCCAUGGUGGACACGGGCGGUUCGUCGGCCCCUAACGGGGCGGGCUCCCGCAGGCAGCGGCAACGGCCCGUGCGGGAUCGCUCUCGCGGCGGAGGAGUGGACUCAGAGGUCGGGGGAGGUGGGUCCUUUCGGAUGCAGCAAUCUGCACCAAACCGAGGCGGAAGCCCGGGCGGUGGUUCUGGACCUCCCGGAGGUGGGCCUAAAGGGACCGGGAAAAUGAAGGGUACGAGCCUAUCGAAGGGAAAGCGGUCCGAUUACGAGCUGAUGACGCAGAGCACGACCGGGGGCGAGGAGGAGGACUGGGAGCAGCAGACCGCGCAGGGGAUCCAGAAGAUUUUGCGGCAAAACGACGCCAUGCAAAUGUUCUUCCACGUGGAGUCGAAGAAGUGGUUUUUCGUGCCGCGCGUGCUGAAGUUCAAGUACCAGAACCUCGUCCGGUUGACCACCGCGGAACAGAACAACAUGAUGCUUUUGUCCAGUAUCGAGGAGAUCAAGCAGCUCCGCAGCGACGACAUGGUCUACAUGGGCUCCAGCCUGCACAAAAUCGAUGCCCACCCGCGGCCGGCGGAGACGAAGCUGCCGGACGAGAAGUCCGUGCUUCUGAUCGGGGAAUCGAAGAUUUUCCAGCUGAAAAAGCAGCCCGAGCAGCUGAUGCCGUGCCCGGAGAUGUACAACGAGGUGAACGACUACAACGGCUCCAACGCCGUCGUGCAGCCGGUAUCAAAUGUAAAAAUGUCUGGGUCUGGAAAAUUGCCAGGUUUGUCAUGCACAUUUUGCAUGACUCCUGAUGUCUGUGAUGCAUGCCCUAGCAUCACAGUUUUUGUGAGGGCUUCCUGAUGCCUAUACCGCAUGACAAAUGCUCUUUCCGUGUAGCAAAACUUGGUCUCUCUUUGCUGCUCAUGCAAUCCAGAUUUUUUUAGAAUCCAAAAUCAGCAUGACAAGUUGGAUUCUUCCAGACCCAGACACUUUUACAGUUGAUAGCCGGAACUGACGUGCGAUUUGUGGUGCGACCACGGGUUGGAGCACUGCAACUUGACUUUGUACACCAACUGGCGCGACGUGUCCAGCAACGAGCAGACCCCGAUCACGAAGAUGACGCUGUCCCACGACAGCGACUUCCUGUUCGACACCUCGCAAUUUCUCACCUUACACGCGCGGAUGCCCGAGGAACGGGUCGUCGGCAAGGAGACCGCGGAGAUCGUCACGUGGGUGUUUGCGGUGUUGUGCGGGGUGUGCGUUUUCGGCCUCUUCAUUUCCUGCUGUUUCCAAUGCGCCGACUGCGACGCCGAGCUGGAGGACCACAUGACGGGCGAAGCGGGACACCACCACGACGACGACGAGGACGACCCGAACCACAGCAGUUCCUCUUUUCUCACCUUAACUCGCGGGCUGUACUUUUUAACCGGAACUGUGCACAAAAUGUUGCGGCUGCCCUCUAGUACAACUUCUUCCACCUCCAACUCCGGACUGGCGAAGCGCUUCGGAAAUUUCGCUGACAAGAUCUACGGAAGUACCGGCGGAAACAGCCUGUCAUCCGAAUCUACUACUCCCGAAAAAGCGGAAAUCAGAACCUUGAUCUCAUCUUCUUCCCCUACGGGACGACGACGAGAAGAAGAAGCUGCGAAUCAUGUUGGAGAUGUUCUUGCCCACGGGCAUGCCUCCUUUCUCGAAGAGCAGACAACCUCCACUGUGGCGGGAGCUACAGUUCCGAGAACGGAGGUCCGAACUGGCCUCGCAACAUCUUCUUCCGAACAAGAAAAUCACGGGGAGGUGGACGAGGUGGAGAACUAUCACCGCAAGGAAAAUCCUCGCGACCAGGGCCAAGUUGACAGCAACAGCGAAUUUGAGGAGGUGGACGACGAGGAAUACGACUACGACACGGUGAAGAAAACCAAGUUCCUCGCGGUGCGCGAGAAGAGGGUGAAGAAGAAAGUGUCGAAAGUGACUACGACGAAGAUGAAAACCACACUGCAGCAAACCCAACUGGAGCACCAACACGAGACGAAAACAAAAAGAACCCGGAGGACCCGCGCGGCCGGCAUUGAUCUGCACAACGCGGCCUAUGACAUGGAGAACCAAAAAGAGCGAGACGAAAGGCAGAGCGCUGCGGCGGGAUUUUCCGGCAUCUUCGGUGUGGCGUUUGCCUUCUGCCUCGUCGGGCUCGGGUUGACGCUCACCUACGUCACGUCCUGCUUUUCGCUGGAUCUGCAGCGGGUGUUUUUUGCGGAGGAACACAACAGUUCCUACAUCAAGCACGCGGCCGCGCGGUCCACGGACUCGGAACUGCUCCAGGAGAAGUAUGGCGUUCUCAAACGUUACAUUCUCAACUGUUACAUGAAUUUGUCAUGCAAAAACACCUUAAUCCGGCAGAUGAUCGAGCUGCUUCGCAUGACAAAUUUCGGAAGGGCUAGACAGCGUCGAAAUCUGCGCCAAACUUGUAAUGCAAGAGGCGCAAUCUUCCUCCUUUCACUUUUACCAGUCUUGCAUUACAAAUUUAUGUAUACAGUUGAGAAUGUAACAUUUGAGAACUCCAUAAGAAGGACCCCCGAGUGCGGUUGCUGUGUCUGCUGCAGAAGGCGAUGAGCGAAAACGAGUCGGAGCCCUACGACGCACUGCACAAGCCGCUCCCUGUGCUCUUCGAACCGCGGCUGUUGUACGUUGCGCUGAAGGAAACACCCUUCAACGAGGCGCAGUGUGAGUACUUGAUGUUGCGCGGCGAGUUGAAGCAGUGCAAGGACAUGAAGAUGCUGAAGUAUUGCGCCGCCGCGGCGACCUACGCGCAGGAAAACCACAAAAAGGGUCUGUACUGGCAGCACGAUGAGGGGAGUGCGAAUCCCUCGAGCGCCACUUCUCCCGCGGAAUCCACGCUGUUCACAAGCUCCGGAACUUCGGAGGAGGAAUUCAUCCUUGCUACCGCUUGAUUUUUUUGAUACUCCUCCAAACUUGAGAAAAGCCACGCUCGAAGAACCGCUCCUGAAGAAACUAGCUGUUGAUCCUCGGUGCAGGUAGUCUCGCCUCGACCUGCAUUUGUGGCCGAAGUACGCUUUCUAGCUCAAUUACAAUUUCUUAAAAAAAUUAGGUCUUGUGUAUGACACCACGCACGUCGUCUUCUAAAGAAUUUAAGAUCGUUGUAAUUUCCAUUUCCUAGUACGGCUUGUUUUUAUCUUUUUCAUGGACACUAUCAUUCCCCUUUUUGUUUUGCACAUACAAAGAAGCUUCAUCAGUGAUCGUUGCAUAUUCUUACGGCACGAAUUUCAAAGUUGAUUCGCAUUCAAAGUAAAUUAUCAUUGCAGUUGCAGUAUCUUUCCCGAUGUUGCUUCUGCCAGUAGUAGCCCAACAAAGAUGUUUUUGUCUAAACCCUCCAAAAAAUAGCAACUAUCACCCAAUUACCGAGACCAGCCAGCACACGUGCGAUACAC